UGGGAUAACACCGACAUCACGGAAGUUUGUGUUUCCUGGACGCUGUAACGUAUUGCGUGUUUCAGUAAAGGUGGCCUAUUACAUUUGUUUGUAUUAGUGGAUUGCCAAAGGCGGAAAAUAUGAAAUAGUACCAAGUUGACCUUAGAUAUUUCAUGCGGAGGUUAGUGGUCAACUGAAAGGCCUCAAUAAUCCUCAUCUCCUUGUCCUAAACCUUCUUAUAAAUGAACACACCAACACAACAAUUUUCAAAGAAUGAUAACAUUCCUGAAUCUUCGCCUGGUCCUGAAGCCACGGAAAGUACUACAAAUAAGCCAGAUGACAGUGAUUUGUUGAAUCGGUCUGCAUUUCGAAGGGAUAGUGGUUCACGUUCGGCCACAAAAAAGGUUAAGAUCGUGGAUCCUAAACAGAAUGUUGAGGGCGAUUCUGAUGAAGAAGAUUCCAUAUCACAACAUAAUACUGGUAAUAUUCCCGUGCUUGGUGAAUCAGUCUCUGCUGUUAAUUGUGGUCAGACAAAUGACCAACAGGCAGCUUCUGCAGCUUCCAUCGAUCGCAAAAAGACGAAGGAGGAACGGAAGAAAGAACGUGAGAAAAAGAAAGAGGAGGAGAUGUUAAAAAAGUAUCAGGCAGAGCAGGAAGCUAAACAAAAAAUAUCAGCGAAGUCUAAAUGUGGUCGGUGGAUAAAGCAUAAUUUAAAGAUUGGUGAAGGGGGCUAUAAAUUUGUUUACCGUGGAUACGAUAGCGUUGAGGCAAGAAACGUUGCGUGGUGUGAAUUUAAACGUGAACAUGUUGAUACUAAAGAAAAGCGUCAGGCAAUGUUCCGAGAGACAGAAAUUAUGUUAAAAAUGAACCACCCCCACAUCGUCAGGUGUUUUGAUGUUUUCAGGGAGUGGAUAGAUAUGGAAGAUCCAAACAAUCAAAUUGAAGAGAAAGGAGUUGUGAUUAUUCAAGAAUUGAUGGGUGAAGGGACCUUAAAAAGUAUUAUUAGAAAGAAUUUCCUAGAUGGUCAGUGUAUACUUAAGUUCCCCCUUAUCACACGUUGGUGGCAUCAAAUCUUAGAUGCUUUGCGUUAUAUGCAUCACAAAAUACAACCACCUAUUUUACAUAGGGAUUUGAAAGCCGAUAACUGCUUUUUGUAUGGUGCUUCAGAUGAAGAGUAUUUGAAUGUGAAGGUUGGAGAUUUCGGUUUGGCUACUCAUGUUAGCAAUAGCGGAAGGAAAACCAUGCUUGGUACUCUUGGUUUUAUGGCACCAGAAAUUUUCGAUGAAAAAUAUGAUGAAAAAGUCGAUAUAUAUGCAUUCGGUAUGCUGAUGCUAGAAGUGAUGACAAAUCGUACACCGUACGAUGAGUGUGAGACAGUUUUGCAAGUAGCCGCUAAAACGAUGUCUGGUCAAGGUCCUGAUAUCAUGCAAAUGGUGUCAAACCCUUCCUUACGUGAGGUAAUAUGCGCAUGCAUACAACCCUUAACGUGUUUUCGUCCUACUGCUGAUGAGUUGUAUUUCCAUCCGUUAUUUCAACCGAAAACUUUACCAGUAGAAGUAGAGCCAAACUACGAUAACGCUACAGAUCGUGCCGAGGUAUUAGAUCGUUUUGUGCGAUCUCUUGGUAAUCCAGAAACGCGUAAUCCGAAUUUCAACUUGCGGUUAAGAUUUCGAGAUAAAAAGAUGUUACAAGAACUGGGAUUGGAUGAUGGUGAAUCAUUGGAAUUCGAUUUAGAUAUAUAUAAAGCUGAGGAUCAGGAUAUUCCCGACUUAAUUCAUAAUUUAAGACUUGGAUAUGAAGAUAAGUUGUGGCGGGUAUUUGAAAAUCCUAAACAACCUGAUAAGAAAAUUGUUUCAAAUCAUCUAGAUAAACUUUUCAGCAGUAUACGACUACAAAUGCAAUUUCUAGUGAAAGUUUUAUUGGGUAAACGGUGGAAAGCGAUUCUCGACUCAUUGGUUGAAGAGCAGCGUACACGAAAGAAGCAAGAAGGUGCUUCAACUAUUGAUGAAGACGACCAAAGUGAUACAGAUGCUUAUGACACAAGCAGCUUCACUAUUAUCGGGAAGUAUAAGAGCAAAUGGAACAGAGCCAAAAAAUUGUUAGAAAAAGAAAUCCAGGCUUAUAGGAAUUUGACAGCGGUUUCUUCCGCCGGUUCCUCAGCUGUUACAUGCAAUGCAGUUACUACUGGUGCACCUGCUGUAGCUGUUUCAGGUACUUCUGUUACUCCGUUAAUUGUUGGAGGUAUGACCCAGCCGCAGAUGGAUACAAACCACAUCCCUCUUAGCGGGACUAAUAUUAUGACUCCUGGGCAGAUUCCUCCAGGCCCUCAAAGUAAGAUAAGCACCGAAUCCAUUGAUAUGCAUUGUCAGAACUUAGAGGGUUCUAACCAGGUUUCUGUUGCAAAUAGUGGUUUAACAUCAAUUGGUAAAUUUACUGUCACGAUCCCACCAAGCGCCACAGCCGCACCGGUCACUCCUAAUAUUCUCCCGCUGUUGUCUAAUAAUGGGUCAACACCAACCCCAACUCCAGCUUCAACACCGAUACCACCACAGAAUACUGCAACCCAAAAGACCUCAGAACCUCAUAUCUCUGCGUAUCCGAAUAAUUCAUCUGUUCAACAUCCAUCAUCUAUUUCAAUGAAUACCGAUGUAAACGCAGUUGCUAGACGACCAGUUUCUGACCACAGCACUGCAUGUAAUACAACAUACAUUUCUUCACAGCCAUCUGUUGUUUCACUAGCUGGGGCUUCACAACAGGGAGUGAGUCAAAAGCAACCACUACAAUUUCAGACACAACAAUCUGCUCCUGUAAUGAGUACACCUCAGAGUCAGGCAGGUGUUUUCGUUCCUUCUCAGGCAUCUGUAGGCAAGUCAGAUGCUGAAGUUAUUGCAGCGAAUAAUAUGGAUACGAUUGCUCGUUCAGCCAUGAUACUUCAACAGGUGCUUCAGGGGAUUACAUCAACUUCAGUAGCCAAUUCGUGUAUUCCAUCUUCAGAAACUGUCUUGGGUUCCCAAAUGCAAACUAUUCAACAACCUGUGCCAGUAUCUACUUCAGGAAAUUGUAUACUGGCGACCGGAUUUCCCAGUCCUAACCAACAGAUAAUUGUAAAUCAGCAACAGCAAAUGAUGCUCGCAGCUGCAGCUGCCAUUGCAGAACAAGCAGUGACAGCGGCUACAACUGCAGCUGGUCAGCUAUCAUCCACCCCUUUAUCACAGAUUAGUAAUAUGGCGCAGCAGAACUCUACGGGUUUAGGCUGCGCAACCAGCCAUUUUAGUGGUCUGCAGUCGAAUGCAGUCUCAUGUUGCUCUGAUCAAGAGGGGGUGAAUCAAGGUCAAUUGGUCAACACUGGUUUCAUGGUUCCACUUCUUAGUGAUAGUCAUUCGACAAUGCAACAAUUACAACAGCCUACAAUACAGCACAAUCAACAGUUUCAAUCACAGGUUACAGCAAUGAACGUAAAUGAUAAUACUGCUUCAAGUAUGCCGUCUAUGACUCCUGGUUUAGGGGUUAUCGGUCAGAAUACUUCUGCUCCUCAGAAUGAAGGUUUUGUUCAACCUGAAUCCGAUAUUCACCAAAAAACCGAUCAAUCUCAAUUACUGAUGAAUUCAGAGCAAGUUUCACUCAUAAAUCAAUUAACUGAAGUUCUUAUGAAUAAUGCAGCUCAAGGACUUCUUCUAAGCGGAAACAAUUAUAUGCUCAAUUCACAGCCGACUCAGCAAACAAUGCCAAAUAAUCAGCCAGCGUUAUCACAACUCCCAUCAAGACAAGUUUCUCUACAACAUCAACAACACCAACAGCCGCAGCAGCAACAGCAAAAUCAGCCUAGAAACACAGCUCCAACCUUUAAACCUAUUGAACGAAGAACAAGGAAAAAAGUGAAAUCAAAACCCCGAUAUGUUUUACGUGUUACUAAAAUUGAAAGGGAUUUUGAAGGCUGUGAACCUGAUAAUUUACGACCAACAUUCUAUUUAGAGAUGCCAGAUUUGAAUAAUCCAAACAAUGAAUUAUGGAAGAUCACUUUUCGCUGUAAUUUAUCUGAUACACCAGAAGAUAUAAAGCUGUUUCAAGGAUCUGGGUAUACUCCAGCUAAUGAGGAUAUCGAUCGUGCAGCCAAAGAAGCAGUUAUGACUCUACUAGAAGCUCUACGUAAUGAUGUCAAUUCAGUGAAGUUGAACCAAGAUUAUAUUUUUUAUCCUCGACCAUCGAGUGCUGCACUUGAUCAGACAUCAUCAAUUUCACAUUUACCUAAUUCGUUGAAUAACACUUCUCAAGUUCAGUGUAAUGCACCUGUUAACUCUGCGUUUACUGGUUCAUUCGGUGCUGGCGGUGUUGCCGUACAGAAUACUAAUACUGGUUUAACUUAUCCAUCAGCUGCUACACAUGAUGGCUCAGCUUUCAUGUCGCAUUUUGAAGAAAUUCAACCGUUGGACUCUAAAAAUCAUGAGGAUGAGGAUGAAUUCAGUGAAAAUUCUCGACCUUUAUCUCCAGUUGAUAAUGUAAAUCAACCAAUGAAUUUUCCCUUUCAACCUGUAAUUAAUGGUGUUGAAACUCUGAACAAUUAUAAAACAUCGAACAGCAGUCAAUGUAUGUCCUACUAUACCGUUUCAUCGUGUGCUGAAAGUUUACCUUCAUCUGAUUCAAUCCAAAGUAGCAGUAAACCUAGAAGUGAAUUAAGAGAAAUGACUGAAAGUGCUGUUGGAUCUGAUGUGCCAAAUAAUAACUUUGUUCCUCAGUCUUUGUUACCAAUGAAUUUAAAUUAUGUGAAUGAUAUCUUGUCUCUUGCUGGUGGUCGUGCAGAAAAUGGUGUAAACUUUAUCAGUUGUCAACCUGGUUUAGAGGAAGUACCGCCACUUGUUCCACCUCAUAGUGACAAACCUGGUGCUAAUUUCGUUGGAGAUUCAGGAUCAACUUCGUGCAAUGAAUCAACAUCGUAUGAUCCAUCGAUGAGUACUCAACCUGAUAAUAAUACAGCUUAUCAAGGAUAUGCUGGUCAAUCAAUGUAUACUACACAGCAGCCAAACCACGUUUCUUGUAACCAGGGUGGAGUGAAUUAUACCUCCUCAUCUCCUUUCAAUCCUGAAGGAUUAGUUACUGUCACAAUCACUAUUCCUAGUGUGUUGGAAACCACUUUAAGGAGUUUAAUUACUAAAUUGUGUUCCAAUCCGUCUCAUCCCUGCAUCCUAGUACCAACCUUAGAGUCUAAUGACCCUUCAUCUGUUCCUCAUUGUUCGAGUGUACGUGUAGUUGAUAUACCAGAAGGACACAUUUUUGUAGGUGUUCCUGGAGAUGGACGAGUGCCAUCUGGUGCCUAUUUGCGUAGUACGUUUCUAACAAGUGCCAAGAACGAUACUGAAAAGGCAUUUGUUCUUGUCGCAGAUACUCAUUCUGAUGAUAGUUUCUCUGGACCACACAUAUACAAACUUCCAAGAGACUCAGCGCUUAUUUUAACACAUAAUGGCAACAUUCAUUUACUAGAUAGACCUGCUCUAGUUGUUCCGGUGCGUUCAGUAGACCAAAAUCAAAGUGUCAGUCCACCAAGUUCCCCUGAUCAUAGUUCUGGGAUACAGCCAAUUGUAUCAUCCGUGUAUGUUCGUGAGUUGCCUAUGCCAGCUGAUACAGACGCACUAAGUUUUGAUGAUGUACUCGCUUUACUAUUGGCUCUUCGUGAUGCACCUCAAGGUGCUAUGCAGCCGUAUCAUUUAAAUAUGACCAUGAAUGCCGAUAAUGAAAAUACUCAGAUUGAGUCAAAAACUAGUGUAGGUGACAGUGCUCCAGGGGCUGAAUCUUUAAGUCGUCGAUCGUCUGCAGCUGCAACAGUAGGUCCUACCAAUUCUGGAUUUUAUGCUUCGCAAGCACAACCUGCAUCUACAUCUGGGAUGACUCCUAGCCAACCAUCACAAAGCUUACUAAGUCAACCACAGCAAAUCCAAAAUCCACAUCAAACAGGUAUGCAGUCAGCCCCUCAAUUUCCAAUCCCUGUAAGUAUGGGUCAUCAAUCUACCAACCAACCGCCAGGUGCAGUUUCUUCAAAUGUUGCUGCUUCCCGACUAUCUUUGCCUAAUCAAAUGCACCCUUUUAUCCAACCGAUUGGUCAACCAUCACCAUUACAGUCAAUUCCACCAUCGACUAUGGAUUCUCAUAAUCCUGGUGCUACUGCAUACAUGAAUCAAUCAUAUCCUUCAAACGAUGUUAUUCAGUCGAGUCAAUCCAUGAUUGCUCAAAAUCAAUUGUCUUUACCCGUGAACAAUGUCUAUUUGCAACAACAGCUGUUAUCCAUGAAGACACAACCAGAACACAUGUCAGUCACUAACCAAACUCAUAUAAAUCCUUCCUGUCUAUCAAAUUUACAACAAUCUAUAAUGCAACAACAGGCUCAUUUACCCACACAGCCAACACAACCAAAAGAAUCCCAACAGCAGGCAGUGAUUCAGCCAAAUACACAGCAACUCAUACAACUGUUGUCUGCUUUGAAUACUUUGCAAGCCUUGGAUCAGGUACCUCAGUUAUUAUCAAAUCUUUUAAAGACUUCCAGUCAAGUUACUAAUCCAUCCUCUAAAUCAGUGACAAAUCCAGGUGUUGUCAGUACUGCUCCAAGUGUAGGUGUAGUUCGACAUCAAAGACAACUUUCUCCUCCAGUGUCCACACAAUCUGCAGCACCUGCCUCAACUCAAUCGCAAGCAAGUCAUAUUCCUCAAAGACUUAGUGUUGCCAGCCCUCCUGUACCCAACGUAGGGUCAUGUUCAGCGAGCGUGAAUUCUUUGCCUGUAUUGUUAAGUCGCCUGUUGGCUUCCGCAGCUGCUAACUCUGAAUGGUCAAAGUUGAAUGAGAUUAGUAAACCUCAAGGUGUUCAUAUGCGUCCUUCUUUCUUAGCAACUAAUUUAUCAUCGGGUGCAUCUACUGUAGAAAAUCAGGAUAAUACGAAUGUUCAGUCUGUAGUGAAGGCACCAACAGGCCAGACUAGUAGUAUUCACUCAACUCAGCCUUCGCAUCAGCAGCAGCAACAACAACAAAUGACUCAAAUACCGUCCCAUCACCAACCCACUCAAAUUCAUUCACAAUUGCAACACUCUUCCCAACUUUUAUCACAGCAACAAGCUUCUCAGAUGCAAUCGCAUACACAACAGCAAUCUCAAACACCACCAGUUCCAACACAGCAACAAACUUCACAAAUAUCUGGACAAGGUCAGCAACUUAAUCAACUUCAGUCGUCAGCCCAACCAACUCAAAUGCAGCAGCAUCAACAAGCUGCUCAAAUACUGUCUCAAGCACCGUCACACCAGAUCCAGCAACAACAACAACCUCCGUCAGUUACUCCUCCUUUACAAACAAAUCAAAUGAAUCAACAACCAGUUUCUCAAGUGACAGUACAACAGCCGAUGCAUCAGACUCAGUCAAUGCAAUCAACACAACAGCAACCUCUCCCAAUGCAAACUCACCAGCAACUGUCUCAGCAAUCUCAUGCGUUACACCCAUCGACACUGCAACACUUUCAGCAUCAUUCACAGCAGUUACAAUGGCAACAGCAUCAGCAACUACUGAAUAAUAUCAUGCCGAAACUGUCUGCACCUGCACCAUCUAAAGAUAGAAAUCAACAACAACUUUCUUUACCUGCAGCUCAUACAUACCUCAGCCAAAUAUUGCCAGAGUUAGCGAAUGCUGUACGUCUACUUCAGCAGACACCAGAUAGUAAUAAUGCUGGUUUGCUGUCUGUAGACGUUCAAAAUAAGUUGAUCACGCUUUUACAACAACAACAACAGCAGCAGCAACAACAACAGCAACAAUCACAACACCAACAACAGCCACAACAACAACAGCAGCAACAACCACCACCACUACAACACCAGCAGUCACAACAACAACAACAACAAUCUGUGCAACAAGUACAAAACCAGACUCAACAACAAUCAGCAAAUCAUGAUGUAACAUUUAAUUGUACAGGAACAAAUGUUGCAGUGCCUUCCUGUUUACCUGGAAAUGGUCAAAUAUUAAAUAUUCAUCCUAUAUCUACGAAUUCAAAAUUGCCUAUAUCAUCGACUAUGAAUUUAGCCUCUAUGAAUCGUUUUAAUGUUACGCCUUCUCCUGUUUCGUCUAACACAUCUGUGCCUAUGCCUAUUAGUUCUGUAGCAUCUAAUUGUACUCGUGAUCAUCAUUUGGUGUCUCAUGAUGCAGCUAAAGAUAUGAUGAAUAAUGUUGAUCAUUCCCUUGUUAAUAAUAAUAUACCAACAGAAUCGAAUAUGGCUUCGACUAGACCCAUAAAUUCAGGUGGAACAACUAUAGCUAACAAGUUUACGGUUGCUCCUGCAAGCCUUGAAGAUGAUGAUCCAGUAUCCUCUUCUGCAAUUGUGCAAGGAUCUACAUCCAAUCAAAGGCAACAAGCACCACCAAGACCACCUAGACAACAGCGUAACUAUCCUGGUUCUACGCUUGGAAUGCAUACAUCAAAUGAAUCACUAGGGCAUGGAUCAGUUGGUGGUACUGGUAAUGCAAAUGUCAAUAUGACACCUAGUAUGAAUCAUGGUUUACCAGUUGGAACAUUGACAAGUGUUAAUUCAGCUUCAAAUGCUCCAUCUGCAAACAAAGCAGUUCCUUAUAAAUAUCCAACUGAGAAUAUUCCCUCUCAACAUGGUCCAUCUACUACAACUAUGCCGACUACUACAUUGACUGCUGCUCUACCUCAAAUUAAUAAUCCUCAUCAAUCUACUCUUUCAUCGUCUAGUGUAACAAAUACAGUACCACUGAAUACAAUUCAUUUAUCUACUACUGUUAGUAAUUCUGUUUCUACUGUAUCAAGUCAAAACCAACCUGGAUCUCAACCGCCAACUUCAAAGUGAAUUUAUUCUACUGGAAGAAAUCAGCAUGGUCUUUCUAUAAGGAUCUGUAUCAAAAUCUACAGUCUUAUUGUCAACAGUCGUGUCGUGUCUUUGCUGUCUGAUUUUUUUGAUUAUUGUAAAAGCUUAUUUUUCAGUCAUCCUGUUGUUGUUGUUGUUGUUUUUCUCUCUUUAGUAACCCGGUGUUUUCUAGGUUCUUUCAGGUUUCACCGUAAUUAAUUAACUUGCAUAUAUAUAUUUAAGCAAUAAUUUGCUGUAACACUCACUCAUUCACUCACACAUAAAUACAUCCAUACACAUACACACAGAGAUUCCUGUUUCUUUUUUCGCUCUCCUUGUAUUCUUCUUGAAAAUUGAACAUACUUCACAUCCUGCGUCUUUCUAUACGAUCUUUUUUCUUCUUUUCGUUUUUUUGUUGCUUUUGUGAAGGUCUUUAUGCAUAUAACCCAGAAAUAAAGAAAAGUGUGUAUAACUUUCUGUCACAAUAUCGUAUUAUAUAAUAGUCGUGCAAAAGUACUACUACAACUACUACUAGCUUCGCAUGUUUUUGGUCAUUUCAUUGUAUCAUGUUCUGUGCCAAAAAAACACCACCAACAACAACUUGUAGUUUUGUUUUGUUUUUAUUUAAUCUAAAUUUUUAAGAUAUGCGCAUACCUUUGUUUGUUCCUUGGCCUACACACACAUGUUACAAUGUAUAAUAGUUCAUAAAAUGUCAUUGUUGUUCUUGUUGUUGUUGCUGCUUCGCUUUCAAAGUUGACUCGUUCUCACAUUUUCAUUCUCUGUUAGAUUUCGAUUAUUACUUAAUGUGGUUAUUUGAUUUCUUCAAUCAAAAACAGAAAAAAUAAUAAGAAUAAUAAUGAUACAAUCAUCAACACACCCCUUUUUUUCUGUGUGACUGUUUCAUUACUUUCCUAUCUUUUCCUUAUCGACUGCUAAUUUAUUUCGUUGUUAACUUUGUUUUGUGUGUUUUCUGUUCUGUAUUACUCAUUCGUCCGUAAUCUCGGUUGUUAAUCUACUGUGCUUUGUCUCUUGUUCGUUCUCUCUCUCUACAUAUAUACACUUACUAUUUGUUUUGGUGGGUCUUUUUUCUCCCACGUGUACACGAUACACACAGUCACUUUGCAUUAUCAAAGAGGAUAUUUUAUAUUUGUAUUAUAAAUAUUCCAAUCUCUCUCUCUCACUCUCUGUCUCUAUGCAUUGGUUAUUUCUCGUUUUUUUUUAAGGCAUACAACAGUGGUUCACAGCUUUGAAAGCUUACAUCCAUCAAAUAAUUCACAUUAUUGUUUGUUAUUCUUAUCACAUAUAUAUAGUUAUUGUUCUCGUUAUUUCAUCAUCAUUUCUGUUCCGCUCCCACCUCCUACUCUCUGUUUCCACUUACACCUCUGUCUUACUGCCUACUUACUGCUUUGUACAUUUUGUUUUGUUUCAUCUAAACGACUGGAUGAUGAGAAACGACGGACUACACACACAGUUUAAGAAUACGAUAUUGUAAUUUGUGGUAUAUAUAUAUAUAUAUAUAUGCACAUAUAGAGAUUAAUUUCCUUAUAAAAUAAUUUAUAUUUGUUCUUUCUGUACUUAUUGAUUCACAUAUAACAGUCAUAUAUAUAUAUAUAUAUGCACUUCAUGACUGAUUGGGUUUCACACUUUGUCUGUCUCCUCUCCUUUUCCGUCUAAUUGAGCUUCCAUAGCUUUUUCGUUCUUCUUUCCCUCCUUGUCAUCUUUAUUGGGGAGGGGAAACUUUCUUUUGUCUAUACUUUCAUUACACAAUCAUUCCAAAAGUAAAGUAUCUUGUUGUUUAUAUAUUUAUUAUACGCUUGCAUGUGUAAACACAGUAGGAGAGUAGACUGAUUGAUUGAUUAGUUUCAUCAUUUUUUUUUAGUUCCCAUAGAUGGAUACAACAUAUGCAUAUAUAUACACACACACAAACAAACAGGCAUGGUGAUUAACUUGACAGAUGUAAUUGCGAUCGGAUUAAUUUCGUCAUUUUCGUUUUCUUCAAUUUUCUUCAGCGUUUUCAUUCUCUUACUCUGUCUCUCUCCUCUUUUCUAUCAAAUAUAUACAUACUCAGUUGUGUAUCAGAGCUUGCUUUACAUAUUAUAUUGUCUUAUAUAUAUAUAUAUAGGUGACUGUUUUACUGUUGAUCGGGUUUCGCAGUGUUUUUAAAAAUAUAUACAUACAUAUAAAUUAAUAGAAUUGUUGAGCAAUA